AUGGCCUGGCUCGGCCCGACGCCCAGCCCCGUGCCGCUGCCGCGGGCAGCGCUCCACCUUGCGCGGUCGUCGUCACGCUCCCCGCGCUACUCAUACCGCCGCGCGUGCUCGCUGCUCCGGCUCCGCUGCACCUGCCUGCUGCUUCGCCCGCCCCCACACCAGCGCCGGCCCUGCUCCCCCGCCUCCCGCGCUACUCUGCCAGGCUCCGGAGCCGCCGACCGGGUCGCGCGUCCUGCGCCGGCUCCGCCUCGGGCUCGUGUCAUUGUCCUGGCGCCUGCGUCCUCUUCCCCCCGCGACGUCCGGCCUUCCGCUGCUGCGCCGCCUCGCGACGCCCGGCCUACUCCUCCAGCCUCCACCUCGACUCGGUCGCGCUCGACUCGUCCGCCCCGACACGCCUGGCCUCCUCCCCGCCUCGCGCCGAGCCGGCUGCCACCUCGGCCGCCCGCUCCACCUCGCGCCGCGCCGGCUGCCGCCCCGGCGACUGCUCCGCCGGUCUCCCUCCUCACCCGGCUUGCGGCUCGGGCCGCCCCGCGCGUCGCCUCGCCCGGCCGCCUCCCGCGCUUGCCGACCGUUGCGGUGCCCGCCGACUCCUCCACCGGGUCCCGCUCCGUGCUCCGGGUCCGGCUGCGUCACGCGCAUCCCCGGCCGGCUGUGCGCGUGCACAUGCUUCUGCCGGCUAUCCGUCACGUCCGCGCACCCGGGCCGACUCCCGCGCCCGCCUGCUGCGCCUGGCCGCCUCUCGCCCGCACUCGCACCGGCUCUGCCUCGCCUAGCUGGCUGCGCUUCGCCGAGCCGCCUCCAUCGCCCGCGGCCGGGUGGUUCGCACCCGCCAACUCCGCCCCGCCAUGCCGUCUGCUCCGGCUCCUCGUCGCCGCGCCGGGUCCUCCCCGCCUGCCUGCUCCGCCUUCCGCUACGGCCGCCUCGCUCGCCCCACGUGCCGGCUGUGGCUCCGUCCCCCCAGCGUCCGCGUGCUGCUACGCGCCUCGUUCCAGCUUCGUCCGCGGCGUCUGA